AUAUCUUUCAGAAAAGGCAUACAAAUAGCCAUAUCCACCAAGUGAUUAGCGACUAGGUGCUUUGUCAAUUCUCUUCAAGAUGACAUCCGCCAAGCAGGCCACUAUCGCCUAUAUCAAGUACGAUGCUGUGUCCGCGACUGAAAAUCCAUACACGUCGCAUAUCCCUUUCACUGUGGACGGACAGCAAACUUGGACAAACAUAGUCUUCGAUGAACACCAGAUGCCCUUGAACGAUGUGCGUGGGAAGGAAAAGGAUGACACAUUGGACCUGAACGGGUUUUCAUACCUCCGUUAUGAUGCGGUGAACAAGCCUUCCGAUGAGAUCAAAAGCCCGGAUCAUCCGUACGUGGUUGAAAUGGCUGCGUGGCUUAGAGAUGUUCUCCACGCAAGGCAUAUUAUCGUGUAUGAUUGCAAUGUUUCGGGUAUUAGAGACGCAGUACUCCCUCUUGUAUUAUCAUUGGAAUGAGAAAAGACAUUAGUGUAAAGGUUGA